GGGAGUUCUUGAUCGGCGGCCAUAAUCAAACAAAAGUGUUUUUUGCAAAAAAUUAUGAGAAUUUUUUGACGUUUUUCUUUUUGAAAUUUUCGGUGGUGUUUGUUCAGAAAAGUUAAUCAAAUGAGCUCGAAAGUGGACGUAAAUCGACGUAUUCUGGCUAUCCAGGCUAAGAAGAAACGCCAUAAGCCCAACAAGAAGAAAGGCAAGAACGAUAAUAUGAAUGGACAUGGGGAGAAUCGGAUCCGUUCGAAAAACGAGCCUUCCCACAGUUCCAGCAAUGAGACUAUCGAGGACCCGGAUACACCGUAUACAAGUGAUGAAGAAGAACAAGAGGACAGCACCGAUUAUCAGAAGGGAGGAUACCACCCCGUCAAGAUUGGCGACCUCUUUCUUGGAAGGUAUCAUGUCACUAGAAAAUUAGGUUGGGGUCAUUUUUCCACUGUUUGGCUUUGCUGGGAUCUCGAAGACAAACGAUUUGUAGCUUUAAAAAUUGUAAAAUCAGCUAAACAUUUCACUGAAACUGCUUUGGAUGAAAUCAAAAUCCUCAGAUCAGUCCGCGACUCUGAUCCACAAGACCCCAAAAGGAACAAAACAGUCCAACUUCUGAAUGAUUUCAAAAUAAGUGGGGUUAAUGGGGUGCAUGUGUGCAUGGUCUUCGAAGUUCUUGGUCAUCAUUUAUUAAAACUUAUAAUAAAAUCCAAUUACCGAGGCAUCCCAUUGGCCAAUGUUCGUACUAUAAUGCGACAAGUUUUAGAAGGUCUAGAUUAUUUACAUUCAAAGUGCAAAAUAAUCCAUACAGACAUAAAACCAGAAAAUGUACUUGUAUGUGUCUCUGAAGAAUAUAUUAGACGGCUUGCUUGUGAAGCAGCCGAAAUGCACCAAUUAGGAGUUAAACUACCAACUUCUCUUAUAAGCACUGCACCUCCACAAGAAGCACCUCCCCAAAAAAUGAGCAAAAAUAAAAAGAAAAAACUCAAAAAAAAGGCUAAGAGGCAAAAUGAACUUCUCAAAAAACAAAUGGAACAAAUUAUCGAGAUUGAAGAAAAGAAGAAAGUUAGCAAAGAAAAUGGUGAUGUUAAUGAUGAUGUUAAUGAUGAUGAUAUAGAGUGUAAUAAUUGUACAAAUGAUGAAGAAGUCGCUAAUGAUAAAAUUAUUAAUGGUGUAGAUGAGAUUGGUGGUGGAGAAAAUAUCCCUUGUGAUGAACCGUCUAUUGCUGACCCUGUUGUGAUAAUGUCUGAAGAUGACUCUCCUUCUCUAACUUCAAAAAGUGAAAGUAAAAUGGAAUUAGAUCCAGCCUUUGUUGAAUGUGAUUUUGAGGUCAAAAUUGCUGACCUCGGAAAUGCUUGUUGGGUCGACAAACAUUUCACAGAAGACAUCCAAACAAGACAAUACAGAUCUUUGGAAGUUCUACUUGGUGCUGGCUAUAAUACUUCAGCCGAUAUUUGGAGCACUGCUUGCAUGGCCUUUGAAUUAGCCACUGGAGACUAUUUAUUUGAACCACAUUCUGGAGAAGAUUAUUGCAGAGAUGAAGACCAUUUAGCCCAUAUCAUUGAGUUAUUGGGAAACAUUCCGAAAAGAAUUGCCCAAAGUGGAACAAAUUCUAAAUUAUUUUUCAACAAGAAAAAUGAACUUCGCCAUAUUACAGGGUUGAAACCAUGGGGUCUUGAAGAUGUGUUGCAGGAAAAAUAUGAGUGGCCGCCCAAAAAUGCCCGCGAAUUUGCAGGCUUCCUGAAACCAAUGUUGGACUUUGAUCCGGACAAAAGGGCCACUGCAGCAGAAUGUCUGAAGCAUCCAUGGUUGAACAAUAAUGAACCCUCGCUCUCUGUAGGUGACUGAUUUAUUAAAUUAUAAAAAUAAAAGUGACUAAAUUAAAAAAUCCAGUGCAUUUUUAGUCCAUUUGAAAAGUAUGUUUGUGUUGAUUUGAAUAAUAGAGGGAAAUGCAUUAAGUUGUUAGUUACUUAUUCAAAUAUAGAAUUCACCUUUUGUUUCUCACAAUAUACAUUUGAAAAGUAGGGCCUUUUAUUUAAUGUACAUAAUUUUUUAAGAAAUAGCGAGAAUUGUGAUGUAUGUUUUUUGUAAUAGACAAUAUAAAUGUCCCUCUUUAGGCUGCCUUCAAUUCAUUUGAAUUUAUAGAAUAACAGUAGCAAUUUUAUUUAUUUUUUUAGGGCUUAAUUGGAAAACUUACCAAAAAUAGAGACAAAAUUUGACUUACUUAUCCAGUUUAAAAAUUAAAAAACUUUUGAAAUAUGAUGAUUGUUGAUGUGAGAGGCUAUUUCUUGUUUAUCCUCAAUUUUUUGUGAAAGAGCCAGAGGACACAUAUGUUUGACUUCCAUAUUUUUUACAGCUUUUGUAUUAACAAAGUUUCAAAAAAUGUUAUAUUAUUAUAUGAAUGAGGUAAAAUGUAGGCAGGCCAUAUGAAUCUUAAACCUAACUAUGCAAUACUUCCUCAAAUUAUUUUUUUUUUGUUAUACAGCUCGGGCUAAGUUUACAGUUCAUGGUUGAAGUAAAUCUUUUUGGCACAAAGUUGUCCAAAUUCAAUUAUGUAAUCUGUGUUUUAGUUCCUCUACUUUACAAAGAAAAAAAUGUGAAUUUCAAUUAUUUAUGCCUACCUAAAACACUGGCUAUUUUUUUUUAAAUAGUGGAAACAAUAAUAGGUAAAUUCUAUUUAAAAAAAAAUAGCAUUGCAUAUUUCUCAUUUUUAACUAUUUUUUUUUCAAAUUACUUAGUUUCUGACCACAAAAACAAACAAAAUUUAUAUUUUCUAAAGUAAAAUGUACUAAUAGGUAUGUAGAAAAAUUGCAAAUUUCAGGUACUUAUACUUAAUUCACGAUCUGAGUUUUUCUGCACCCUUUUCACAAAAUUUGCUUGAAAUUAUCUAAAUACCCCUUGAAGUGUUCAAAACUGUGUGCAGUUCUAAUUGAAACAAAUCUAAAUCAGGAUAUUUCUGGCAUCACAUAAUUUAAAAUUUCCAUCUAGACACAAGCAGGGUUGUAAAAUUAUCAUUUUGCCGUUCUCGUUUUAUUUUUGGUUUGCUGAAUAUGUAAAGUUCUGACUGGCUUGGUCAGUGCAUUACUGAAUAAUUGGCCAGCUCUAUUUUUGGAUUUGCGUUGCACCAAGUUGCAGUCAUUUUACGUCUAUUAAUUUUCCUUGAUUCAUAAUUCAGUUAAUUUCAAUAUUCUCGUAUUAUAAGGAAGUUUUGUAUUUCUUUGUGUUAUUAUUUUUGGGUCAAAAAUUAAAAUUUUAGCAACUCUAUUCACAUUGAACACUAAAAGCAUGCUUCCAAAAUGUCCUAUUUUUGGGUAGUUUGGCAGAAAAGAUAUAAAAAAAAAAUGUAAUCUGAUGUAGCCAAAAGGAUGUGUUAGAUGAGCAUCUGUUCCCCACCAGAUAAAAAUCCAUACAAUUAUUAUUAUGGUAUUUAAAUCUUAGAUGCGUAUAUUUUGCCUCCUAUGGGUUCGAUACUAGAGCACCAAGGUAAAUUUGUAUUUAAAUUAU